AUGCCUGCCCUGUUACAACCCCAGUUAGAACUUGCCAUUGCCACGGUUGCGGAAUGCCUAGAUUCAUUGCAAGUUGACUAUGCUUUCAUGGGAGGCGCGGCUGCUUGUGUCACUGCGCCCGACCCCAGCCGACGGACCGAAGACGUGGAUCUAGUGAUUCACGUUGACCAGCGAUCCAUAACUGCAGAUGUGCUCACUCAAACCUUAGUGAAUUCCUUCCCCUCUGAUUUCGGCUCUGUGAGCCAGUACGGACAUAUCAUCCCCGCGUACCAGCUACGUUUACCCGGAGGCGCCAUACGUCUUGUGGAGGUGGAGAUCUUCGAUUACGAAAGAUGGCCGAACAGACCACAAUACAAUCUUCAAACUGCGUCACGAGUGACAAAAUUCGUCAAUGGGUAUCCAGUGAAGCUUUUCAGCCCUGAAUGGCUCACACGCGAGAAGAUACUGUCACAACACCAGCGCCAGGGGUUUAAGCAUGCGACAGAUAUCCGGGACGUCUCUCGUCUGAUGAGAUAUUGUAAGCCUCAAACACCAGAACUCAACUUUGACCAAGACCCAGAAUUGCAACGUGCGUUGUCGAGCAUUCUCGCGGAAAGGCCUCGGCUACGAAGCGGCCUCCGCCGAAUCAUCACAUGCAGGGAAAUAUUUGGCAAUUAG